AGGUGACCCAACUCAAGAAAACCCCAGAAUACUCAAAAAUGCCAGCAGCAGAGAAGCUUCAUACGGCGUGUGACGAAUGCAGUGAGCAAACCCUUCGCUACCAAAACCCUUCCCCUCGAUGCUCUAUUCAGUUCAGUUCUAUUCUGAUAUGAUACGAUACGAUACAAUGCGAUACUAUACGGUCCCGGAAUGGGAAGCUGACACACAGCACAGGGACGCGGAAAUUAAAGUGCUCGCGCGAGACGCCUAGAUGUGCGCGGUGCUGUCGCGAGGAGCUGGGUUGUGUAUAUUCGCCGCGGCAGCAGAUGGGCAGACCGCGGAAACGGAGGAGGGAGGAUGAGGCUGCCACUUCUUCUGCUGACGCUGAAAGUGAAGAGGGGCUUCCCGUAGCAGAUAAUCUGCAUGAUUUUGAUGUCACGUUGGAGGAUUUGACUGCGUUGCCGGAAUUUGCGGGGUUUGGUAUGGGUAUUGCUGGGGAGGAGGUGCGGCGUUUGCAUGGGAAUGGGGGGGACGCAGGGGUGGAUUGUUCACAGCAAGAGGUUGGGUUCUUCGACACUUCCAUGAUGACGCCCAUAUCGAAUCUCGACUUCUCAGUAGAUCCGCCAAUCGAUCCCUCCCUUUGGGAUCCGCAACACACCCUUAUCCACUCACAACCUCAAUACCAACCGGAGCGAGACUCAACAGACUCGACCAUAAUAUCAUGCACCUGUCUCUCCCUCACCUAUCUAACCGUCACCGACCUCCAAUCCGUCUCAACUUUCUCCUUCCCGCUCGUCAUCCAACCCCUACGAAAAGCAAUGGCCACUCUCGAAACACUAGUCCACUGCUCAAUCUGCCCUCUCGACCCCUUCAGCGCCAUCCAAAACAUCGCCUCGUUCUCCGCCCUCUUCCGGGCAAUCACCUCGCGCUUCAGCAAAGUGCUGCACGAAGUAGACCUUGAAGCUGCGCGGCUCGCUGAACGUGGGGCAAAGAAAUCGUACCGCAUUGGCGACAACAGCACCGCGUUGAUGCAUAUGCACACUGGCACGCCGGAUUGCCCGAUGGGGUUUGAUGUUGAUCUGGAGCCGCAGGAUUGGAAGAGGCUGGUCAAGACGGCGCUGAGAAUGGAGGUGUAUGGUGGUGCGGGGAGGGCGUUGUGGCUUAUGGGGUUGCUGUCCGAGGCGGAACAGAGGCAGAAGAGGUGGCAUAGUGAAGGAGAGUUUCAGUGUGAAGAGAGGAGAAGGUUGGUAGGGAAGACGACUGGGAGUACCUGUCAUGCGUUGGGGUCGGAGCAUAUGCGGGUGUUGGUUGACAUGCUGAACUUUGAAUGAACGUAAGGAAAUAUAAGAAGAGUGAGGUUGACUGCUAUACCAGCAUAUUGGUGGUAUGAUUUUAUCGUAAUGUUUUAUCGGUCAGGUCAUCUCAUGUGCGUUGGAGAAGAUCUCACAACAUCGUCCGUGACCUACUUCUUCCGCCACCACAUCCAGUUGGAAAGCGUCAUGAUACUCGUGUCGUAGCCUUUCCACCAGCAAACGCCAAAGCAGAUGGCCCAUGUAGAAGAGAGAAUGACCGCCAGACCAACAGCGUU